AUGCAGCAGAAUCAGAAGUCCGAAACUUCGAUGAAGCUCAAGCGGCUUGUGGAGCAGGGCUUGCAAGAACACCUCGCAGCUAAUGCUGCAAGAGGCGUACAGACACUCCGAGAAAGGAUUGCGGCGAUGGUGCACUCUCAGAUGUUCGAGUAUGCAGCGGGAUUCGUCAUCCUCGCCAACCUAGUUGUCAUCGGGAUAGAGGCUCAGCUUUCGCUCGACAUGGACUCGGAAUUUCCGGACUUAUCCUGGCCUUGGUGGAUGGAGAGAAUAUUUCUGCUGACUUAUUGUCUGGAGAUCUUUCUGAGAAUCGUCGCUGGUGGUCGCGCUGUGUGUCGGGACGUCUGGUUCCUAAUGGAUCUUGCCCUCGUCCUGGCCGGCUGGACGGCUCUCUUGUUCCUGCCGCUGGCAGGUGUCGAUGCGCUGGCCGCCGAAAAACUGCUGAUCGUCCGCGGGCUUCGCCUGCUGCGUUUGGUGAGGGCUCUGCGAAUGAUCAACCACUUCAAGGUGAUCUGGCGACUGGUUUAUGGUCUCUUGACGGCCGGGCAGACAAUCAUUUCAACAACCGCGCUGAUCUUGAUCAGCUUAUUUGUGUGUUCCUGCGUUGCGGUGGAGCUCAUUGGCAAAGAUCGCGAUUUGCUGGAAGAUUCAGUCACGGGCCCGAUCGUGCAGACGUAUUUCCGUGGCAUCGACAAGUCCCUCAUAACGUUGAUACAAUUUGUUACCCUCGAUUCCGUUGCCAGCAUUUAUUUCCCAUUGAUAAUGCUGAAGCCAUAUCUCAGCGUGUUCUUCCUGGGUCUGAUCGUAGUUAUCUCCAUCGGUCUCAUGAACCUCGUGACGGCUGCUGUAUUGGAGAAUGCAAUGCAAGCAGCUGUCCAAGAUGCUGAAGCAGAGAAAAGUGCCAUGCUAAACACUGUCAAGGAUGCCAUUCCGGAGCUGUUGAAGAUCUUUCAAAGUAUCGACAAGGACAACAGCGGCAUCUUGACGCACGAUGAGGUUAUGACUGUAGAAGUUGAUAUUCUGCCGAAGAAAUUCCUCCAGACGGUGCAUGUGAACAGCAUGCUGGAGCUCUUUGACUACCUCGACGUGGAUCAAACUGGAGAGUUGACGAGAGAGGAGUUUAUCGAGGGUCUUCUUGAUCUUUGCCUGCGAGACAUGCCUUUGCACAUGGUGCAAAUGCUGAAGCUCCUCCACCUGAUCUUGGGGAUGUCAAAGAAGAUUGACAUACACCUUGAAGCCCUGCGCUCCCGGCAGCAAACUGUCGUUUUGCCAUCCGCCAUCUAG